CAGAUAUAAAACUGGUUGCGAGCCAUCUACAUAGAAUAAAUUGCUUAGAACAUUAGUCGGACCAUUACCGGAAAGAAACGGAGAUCAGUGAAAAGUUGCGGUGACUCUACUACAGUGUUUUGGCUCAAGCUCUAAACUUUAGUGAUAAGACAAAUUACAUUUUUUGUGCAUAAAUUGAAAGUGCGUAGUGGAUUUGAAAUCGACUGAAUAUGGCGAAAGUUCUAUGUUUAAUCGCAAUGUUUGUGGUGACGUUCGAAGUGGUCCAUUCGCAUACAUACCAUGCCGGGUCCUGCCCGACUGUAGAACCUAUGAGUGGAUUUAAUAUGAAACAGUUUCUAGGAAUUUGGUACGCAAUUCAGAAGACUUCGACAGCAUCCACCUGCCUAGUCUAUAAUAUUACAUUAGGGGAUGAACCUGGUGAAUAUCGAAUCAAACAAACAUCUCAACAUUUCGCCCUUAGUUUAACUCGAAUCAAACAUCAAUAUAGUUACACUGGCGAAAUUUCAAUUCCUGAUCCAGAAAUUCCUGCAAAAAUGCAAGUUAAAUUUCCUCUAAACAUUUUUGGCAGCUCAUCCUUCACAAUAUUCAUGUCAGACUACGUACAAUACGCUGGAAUAUUCUCAUGCCAGAAGCUAGGAUUUCUACAUCGACGGUCUGCAACACUACUCUCCCGAACCCGUGAUCUUGACAAGAUCUUUAUCGACAAGAUGCGGUCUCGCCUGUCCUCAUUCAACGUUGAUCCUUUCGAUUUGAGUAUUAUCGAGCAAACUGAAUGUCCUAAAAACGAAUCGCAAGGACUCAAUAUUCACAUUGACGAUGAAACUUUCUCAGUUCGUAGAAUUGCAAACGUAUUCCGCCAGGCCGGGCGAAAGAUUGGAGAUGGUGUGGAAUAUGUUGUGAUCGCAGGAAAGAAGUUUUAUCAUCAAGUAAGCGAUGAUGGAAAAAAUGUUUCUUCUACUGUGGCAGUAGUUUCUUCAGAUAAGGCCAAAAACAUGAUAUUUCCACCUGGAGAAAGUGAUGCAGAAUGGAUCCGGGUAUAAAAUUGGAAUACUUGAUAAGCGUGUUUUAACAGAUGCCCAUAAUUUGAAUUAGUGAAAGAAUGUGAUCAGUAAGAUAUAUUUUAGAUAUGUAUGAACUACAUAGUAUGAAUUUUAAUAAAUAAAAUGUUCAAAAAGUC